AUGUCGAUGAUGGAAAAUAUUCUGGUGGAAUGGGACGAACAGCUGUUCAACUGGUUGGUGGAGCAUCAGUUGUCGCCUACUCAUUUGUGUCGAUCCACACUGCUAAGCAUCGACAACUCCAAGGAUUUCGAGUUUUUCUUCCACAACCAAACCGCUAUCGACAUGCGGUGGUUCCUCAGGAAGACCUACCAUAUUUAUGGUAGAACUAAGGAUGAUGAUUUGCAUCCGAGAAAUUUUCUGAUGCCUUUUGCGCCGCUGCGGCAAGGGGAAACUUAUCAGAUAUUCAAUGAGUAUCCGAAGUUUAAUGUUGAUAAACAGGCGGAUCAUAUAAAUGAAAUGAGAGAGGAGUUGACUGACCUAUUAGAGCAGCAGAGCAGAUUGGCAAGAGCGCGAGCUGAACAAGAAAAGAAACACGCUUUAGAAAUCAAUAGACAAGCUCAGAAAAUGCAACUUCUUGAUCUACAAAAGCAAUACCAGGACACACUGAAAGAAGAUGAGAGCAGGAUAUCGCAACAAAAGAAGAGGGUGAAUUUAUUGAAGAGAGACUUGAAACAGAGAGAACUGCUGAUGGCUGAAGAGGCCAGGAAUCGAACCUACGACCUAAUUACACAGCAGAGAACUGCAGCACUUCAAGCCCUUAUCCACGAAAUUGAUAGCAAGAGAGCUGUAGAAGAGAGACGAUUGAGGGAAGUGGAAGAAGAGACGCUAGAACGGCACCAACAAUUAUUGCAUGAGAAGCAACAAAUGGAGCAACAACUGGCAGUUUUAGCUGAGGCGCCAAUUCCAGUCGUUUCAAAGCAAGAUCAACUAGGUGUGCAGUUGGACCAAUUGACUGAGCAGCUGAUCAAGAUUCGGAGUAAAACCUCACAAAUGAACGAGAAGAGAGAUUUCAGGAAAUCAAGGAACUAUCAGAGGCCGAAUCUCUGCUCGAGAAGCUGA